GCACAAAGGAACCGGAGGGAGAAUCCACCUUCCCAAGCACAGCCACACCACUGGCCUUACUCGACCACUUGUCAAGCUGACUAGCAGCAAGAAGAGGACUAGACAAUCAACAAUGUCGAGUGAUGACAAGAAUAAAGCAAAUGAACCCAAGAUGGAGCCCAAGACCUGCGACCCCAGAUGUGAGCAAAGGUGUGAUACCAAAUGCCAGCCCAGUUGCCUAAAGAAGCUACUGCAACGCUGCUCUGACAAGUGCCCACCACCAAAAUGUUCACCACCACCGAAGUGUUCACCAUGCCCCCCACCUUGCCCUGUGUGCCCUGUGGCAUGUCCUCCUCCGUGUCCUCCACCAUGCCCUCCCAAGCCCUGCCCUAAGCCUUGUCCUCCCAAAUGCCCACCUCCUUGCCCUCCUCCAUGCCCACCCCCAGAAUGAUGUAGCAUGGGCACCUUUCCACCUGCUGCCACCAGCCUCUCCACCAUGUAACCAUGAGGCUGGAAGUGAAACCAUGAACUGACAAGUAAACGUGUUCCUCUGCUGU